AUGGUCUCCGAAUCCUGGGAAUUCUACACCGCAGCCUUGGGCGCCAUGUCGUCCUUGGCGACCACCCGCAUCAACCAGAAACUCCAGUCGAUCCCCCAUUCCCUCGCCUACCAAGCCACCGCAGAUGCAAAGAACGUCGUCAUCAUCGGCGGCUCGUACGCAGGGGCUCGACUGGCGCAACGACUGACCGAGACGUUGCCGACUGGAUACCGUGCGGUGCUGAUCGAGCGCAACUCGCACUUCAACCACUUCUUCGUGUUUCCGCGAUUCGGUGUCGUCAAGGGGAAGGAGGAAGCGGCGUUCAUUCCGUACGACAAUCUCACCAAGGGAGCGCCGCAGGGGAUUUUCCAGCAUAUUCGGGCGACGGCGACGGAGAUCACGCCGAAGAAGGUUAAGCUUUCGAAUGGGGAUGAGAUCGAGUAUGAGUAUUUGACGGUGGCGACGGGGUCGUGGCAGCCGGCGCCGAGCAAGUUCGAUGUUUUGGAGAAGAGGGAUGGUGUGAAGGCUUUCCAGGCGACGCAGAAGGCUGUGGAGGUCGCGAAGAGUAUUACUGUUGUUGGUGGUGGGCCGGUGGGUGUGCAGAUGGCGAGUGAUAUCAAGAGUUACUAUCCAACAAAAGAUGUCACUCUUGUGCAUUCCAGGGAGAAUGUGAUGAAUGCUUUUGGACCCAGGUUGCAGGGCGUUGUGGCGGAUAGCCUGAAGAGCUUGGGUGUCUCCGUGUUGCUUGGAGAGAGGCCAUCUGUCAAGGCUGAUGGGUCGAGUGCGGCGGAGAAGGGUCAGAAUGUUGGACCUGGUAGUCUUGUGUUCCGGAACGGCUCGCAGAAGGCCUAUGAUCUCGUGCUCCCAUGCACCGGCCAACGACCUAACUCAAGCAUUCUCUCUCAUCUUCUCCCAUCCGCAAUCGAUCCAAAGUCAGGCCAGAUCCUUGUUCGACCAACAUUGCAAGUGAACCCUGGUCCAGCGUCAGAGAAGACUGCCGAUUCCAACACUGCUGCUUCAAACCGAAUAUUCUCCUUGGGCGAUGUGGCUCAAACCGGCGGACCUCGUUUUGCCCGCGCCGCGAGAGCACAAGCUGAAGUCGUCACCUCGAACAUCCUAUCGUUGAUCCAGGGGCAAAAGGAGAAGCUGGUCGAGUACCACCCAGCGAUGUACGAGGGCGCCAUCAAGCUUACCCUUGGGAAGGAGGACUACGUAUUCUGCGGCCGCACCGCCGACGGACGCGAGAUCAUGAAAUUCGGCAAGGAGAAUGCGUCCAACGAGAACUUCGAACUUGCCUCGGCGUGGAAGGAGCUAAGGGCCAGAUUAGAUACUCCUACUCCUAUACGCACGGGCUGGGAAGAGCGGGUUGCGGCCUUCGACAAGCAUAAGCAGAGGUUCAAUGCCACUUGGGGGACGGCGAGAUAG